AUGGGGACAAAAGCUCUGUUGUCGCAAAUCCUUCGCAAAAGAACAUAUGAUGCGUCUUCUGUGCUUGACUCAAAGCUGCACCGAUGUAUGAGUGUUCUCGAUGUGAUGUUUUUGGCUAUAGGGCAAAUGAUCGGUGCUGGAAUCUACGUUUUAGUUGGUGCACUCGUUCAUUCACAAACGGGACCCUCAGUCAUCAUUUCCUACACGUUCGCAGGGUUUGCAGCUUUGAUGUCCGCGUUCAGCUAUGCGGAAUUUGGAGCGAGGUAUCCUCGAGCUGGUAGCGCUUACUCUUAUGCGUACGUCGGCAUUGGCGAGAUCUGGGCUUUCAUCAUUGGUUGGAAUUUGAUUCUUGAAUAUAUGAUUGGAAAUGCAGCUCUGGCACGAUCAUGGUCCGGAUACUUGGAUAAUUUGGUUGAUCAUUCAAUCAGCAAUUUCACGAUGAACACGAUUGGCACGCUUGGCACGAGAAACGGUUUCUUUAGUCAAUAUCUGGAUUUGGUGUCAUUUCUACUAAUUAUAGCAGCUGCGUUUGUUGUAGCAGUAGGUACAAAACCAUUUUCUACGGUCAACACCAUAUUCGUGUUUAUAAACGUUUCUAUAAUUUUAUUCAUCACAAUUUAUGGAUUUAGUUAUGCGAAUCUCUCUUACUGGGUUGGAAAUGAUAAGCAAGGUAGAUCUAAAUUCUUCCCGUUCGGGUUUUCGGGCACUUUAUCUGGAGCCGCUACAUGCUUUUUUUCUUUCAUUGGUUUUGAAGCUCUUGCAACCACAGGAGAGGAAGCGAAAAAUCCAAGAAAAACUAUCCCAAUUGCUACUUUUGGCUCACUCUCUGCAGUAACAUUCCUUUACGUGGCCAUGUCGUCUUCUCUAACGCUAAUGACGCCAUGGAAUAACGUAGACCCUGCCGCUCCAUUUGCAGCUGCCUUCGAGGAGAAGGGUGCGCAUGUUGCGAAGUACAUUAUCACUAUAGGUGCACUGGCUGCGAUGUUGAAUAAUCUGGCGUCGAGUGCAUUUGCCUUGCCCCGCUGCGUAUAUGCAAUGGCAGAUGACGGGCUGCUAUUUUUAUGGCUUGGUAAAGUGAACAAGCACACAAAAGUACCGCUAAACGCGAUCAUUGUGUUCGCAACUCUAAAUGCGAUAUUAGCUGUGGUAUUUGAUCUCGAAGCUUUGGUCGAAUUUCUUUCUAUAGGAACUUUCCUUGCCUAUUCGAUAGUAUCGGCAAGUGUGCUUCUUAUGAGGUACCAACCCGCUCCCAUCAGUGAUGAUUCGGACAAGUGGGACGAAGGUGGCACGUUCAAACGGUGGGUGCCCAUGCGCAACUACCUAGAGAAACUACCGACCGGCAAAACCAUAUACGUAGCUGUACCAACGCUUGUUCUUAGCUAUUUCUGGCUAGCUUUCUCGAUGCGAUUUGAGCUCUAUUCCAUGGGGCUGGGCUACAUCUCCAUAGCACUCAGCGUACUUUUCAUAAUUGUCACUCUCGUAUUUAUCUAUGGGCACAAUCAGAAUUCUUUGGACCUGUCAUAUAAGGUUCCUUUCGUGCCGCUGAUUCCUGCCCUCAGUCUGCUCAUCAACUGCUUCAUGAUGGCCUAUCUUACUUACUUGACCUGGAUUCGUUUCUUUAUCUGGAUAGGAGCAGGAUUGGUCAUAUACUUUCUUUAUGGUGUGCGUCACAGUAAAGAAGGUAAAAGGAGACGAACUGUAGCUGAUACAGGACUUCCACAACUAAGAAUGGCUGAUCACCGAGCGUCAGAAAAACAAAUUCAUUUUUAAAGCUAAUAAGUUGAGAAAUUGAGAAUGAAUCGAGCUUGAAGAUGACCCUGCUACGUCAUGAGUCAUAUGCUUUGCUUUGGGCUUAUUCUACAAUUUUGUUAUUCUAAUUUCACGCGUACAAGACGC